AUGUCGGUCCAGGCCAACGGCAAAACGCGUCCCCAGGCGUUCAGCGCAUCACCAUUUCAAUCAAGAUCUGAUUUUCAAGAUGCAUGCCGCGCCAUUCUGGAUCCGCUUGUCCCUCAUUUCACCCCGGGGGGCAGCCGCGUCAAGAUAGGGUCGUCCACCACUCGGUUCGACGAGGGCGGUGCGCAGAUCGAAGGAUAUGCGCGGCCACUUUGGGGUCUAGCAUCCUUGCUGGCUGGUGGUUAUGAAUACCCUGAGGCUGCCCUCUGGAGAGAGGGCAUUAUCAACGGCACGGAUCCAGAGAGCCCCGAGUUUUGGGGUGAGAUUGAGGAUCUUGAUCAGCGCAUGGUUGAAAUGUGUCCCAUUGGGUUUACAUUGGCCGUGGCACCUCAUGUCUUCUGGGAUCCAUUGACGGAUAAGCAGAAAGGCAAUGUGACAAAGUGGUUAAAUAGUAUUAAUGAGCGCGAAAUGCCUAAUACCAACUGGCUGUGGUUCCGUGUCUUCGCAAAUCUUGGUCUCAGACAAAAUGGUGCUGAAUACUCUUUAUCGCGCAUUGAGGCUGACAUGGAUCAUUUGGACACUUUCCAUGUUGGUGGCGGUUGGAGUAACGAUGGCCCAAAGAGCCACCACCAAAUGGACUAUUACUCUGGGUCCUUUGCCAUUCAGUUCCUGCAGCUGCUUUAUGCCAAGCUCGCGGGAGACUUUGACUCCGAGCGAGCUGCGAGAUAUCGCGACCGGGCCAGGGACUUUGCUAAAGAUUUUGUGCACUACUUCGAUCCCGAUGGAAGUUCAAUACCUUUCGGACGAUCAAUGACCUAUCGCUUUGCAAUGGUUGGCUUCUGGGGUGCUUUGGGGUUCGCAGAUGUUGAUCUUCCAGCGCCUUUGACCUGGGGCGUUGUAAAGGGUAUCCUGCUCCGUCAUUUUCGGUGGUGGUCAACACAAGAGGACAUAUUCAGCAGCGACGGCACCUUGAACCUGGGGUACUCGUAUGCCAACACAUACCUGACAGAGAACUACAAUUCUCCGGGAUCGCCAUACUGGUGCUGUCUCGCAUUCACCCCAUUGGCACUGCCGGAAACACAUCCUUUCUGGUCCGCUGAAGAGGAGCCAUAUCCAAGCGCCGCACUGCCCAAGAUUGCAGUCCUCAAAUACCCCAAGCACAUUAUCGUUCGUCAGGGUGGACACUCAUUCUUAAUGUCGUCCGGGCAAGCGUGUCACUAUCCGCUGAAAGCGACGCAGGCCAAAUACGGAAAGUUUGCUUAUAGUGCAGCCUUCGGGUAUUCUGUGCCCACAGGCUCCUAUAUGCUAGAGCAGCACGCACCAGACAGCAUGCUUGCACUGUCUGAAGAUGGUGGCGAGAUUUGGCAGACGCGAAGAAUAGCGCUCGACGCCCGAUUCGAGGAACCGGACCCUAAUGGGCCACCUGUUCUGGUCUCGAGCUGGAAACCAUGGCCAGAUGUGGACGUAGAGACAAUCUUGAUCCCAUUGACAGGGGACUACGAGAACUGGCAUCUACGUGCCCACCGUGUGCGUACCAGACGCGAUCUGCAAACUUCGGAAGGUGCUUUUGCGAUCUAUGGGUGCCGCAGUGAUAAUGGACGCAUGCUGGGACCGAUGACUGGAGAAGCAGAUGAGGGGACAAGGAAAGAUAAUCGCAGUGCGCUGGUUGUUUCUUCUGCAGGUGCUGUUGGUAUUGUCGAACUGCAGUCGACAGUUGCCCGAGAAGGGCAAAACGUGCUGGCAGACCCUAACUCGAACCUCAUCCAUGGGCGAACACUUCUGCCGUCACUGCAAAUGGAUUUGACUGCUGGUCAAGACUGUUGGUUCGUGUCCGCUGUGUGUGCUUUGCCAUCCCGGCCCGAUCAGAAGAACUGGCGAUCAGUCUGGGAGAGCAAGCCCACGAUUCCAGCAUGGCUCGAGAAGAAAAUGGCUCAAAUUUAG